CACCAGGAGGUUGUGUUGUGUUUUGAGCAGGAUAGCAGACGCACUACGGUGAGUACAGCUUUGGCUUCCAAACAUUUGAUCGCUUGCCCGUACGUGCGUGUCGAUAUGUGCAUGUCACGUACGUAACUUUGGGGAAAUAUAUGUUUCUUGCCGACUCUGAUGGCGGCCGGGCUGUCGUCAAAAGCGUACAACGCCCGCCGCCGCCGCAUCUAAGUUAGCUUCUAUUUUUUUUUAGCUUCGCCAAGCUGAAAAUUAUUAACCGUGUAUUUACAUGUUCAUGGUUUAAUAGUAUUGUUGAUCUUCUGUCUAUCCUUCCAGUCAGGGUUUUUUUUAAUUUAGUUUCUAUCUGCCUUUGAGACUGAUGCUAUCACGUUAGCUCCGUAGCUAAGUUAGCUUCUAUUUUUUUUAGCUUCGCCAAGCUGAAAAUUAUUAAUCGUGUAUUUACAUGUUCAUGGUUUAAUAGUAUUGUUGAUCUUCUGUCUAUCCUUCCAGUCAGGGUUUUUUUUAAUUUUGUUUCUAUCUGCAUUUGAGCCUGCUAUCACGUUAGCUCUGUGGCUAAGUUAGCUUCUAUUUUUUUAGCUUCGCAAAGCUGAAAAUUAUUAACCGUGUAUUUACAUGUUCAGUCACUGUGAAUGUCCAUUUCGCGUUCUCGACUCUCAUUUUCAAGAGGAUAUAGUAUCUGAGGUGGUUUAAAAUACAAAUCCGUGAUCCACAAUAGAAAAAGGAGAGUGUGGAAUCCAAUGAGCCAGCUUGUACCUAGGUUACGGUCAGAGCGAAAAAAGAUACGUCUAUCACUGCCUCUCUAGUCCUUCACUGUAACGUUCCUCAUCCACAAAUCUUUCAUCCUGGCUCAAAUUAAUGGGGAAAUCGUCGCUUUCUCUGUCCGAAUGUCUCUCGCUCCAUUUUAAAAAAAGCGGAAUUGUGAGGAAUCCUUUGUCUUGUGACGUCACGCUACUUCCGGUAGGGGCAAGGGUUGUUUUUUAUCAGAUACCAAAAGUUGCAAUCUUUAUCGUCUUUGUUCUAUACUAAAUCCUUUCAGCAAAAAUAUGGCAAUAUUGCGAAAUGAUCAAGUAUGACACAUAGAAUGGAUCUGCUAUUCCCGUUUAAAUAAAAAAAAUUCAUUUCAGUAGGUCUUUAAAAUUGAAUGUACUAUGGUGCAUGAGUCACAUGACCGGCCUUCUCCUGAUUGGUCAGGAGGAGGCAGCAUGUGUGUGUGUGUGUGUGUGUGUGUGUGUGUGUGUACAUAAAUGCAGCAUGCAGGUGGUGUGUCUCCAUUCCAUCCACCCCAGCGCUGGAAGUGCAGAAAUGGAAGGUGGUCAGCAGGCCAACACGUCCCUGGAAGACAAGGAGAGGACAAACGUGCGUCUGGUGUUCCUGGGAGCGGCGGGCGUCGGCAAGACGGCGCUCAUCCGGCGCUUCCUGACGGACACCUUCGAGCCCAAACACCGGCGCACGGUGGAAGAGCUCCACCGGGAGGAGUACGAGGUGGGCGGCGUCAAAGUCAGCAUCAACAUCAUGGACACCAGCGGGAGUUACUCCUUCCCGGCCAUGCGCCGACUCUCCAUCCGGAACAGCGACGCCUUCGCUCUGGUCUACGCCGUCAACGACCCGGCGUCCCUAGAGGCGGUGAAGCGGCUGCGGGACGAGAUCGUGGAGGUGAAGGAGAACACGCACACACCCAUGGUGGUGAUCGGCAACAAGAUCGACUGUCACCAGGAGCGGCGGGUGUCCAGCGAGGACGUGCAGUCGGCGGUGGAGCUGGACUGGGACCACAGCCUGGUGCUGGAGGCGUCGGCCAAAGACGACGUCAACGUGCUGGAGGCGUUCCGGGAGCUCCUCCGUCGGGCCAACGUGCCCGGCUGGCUCGGUCCGGCUCUGUGCCGCCGCAGGGAGACUUUCCCCGCGGGCAGGAAGAAGACGCCGCCCAUGAACAAGGCCAACAGCUGCGCGCUCUCCUGAACAACGGACUGGAUCUAUUGAUCGGCAGCACGCAAUAGUCUUCAAAACUUAGUGACACUUUUCAGACUACGAACAACUUUGGACACAUUCAUGAGACUCAUAUGUGUAAAGUUUUUAUGUCGACUUUUGCUCAAAAUGUGCAUUCAUGUAAAACGCCAACUUUUUUUGAAUUUUUUUUCAACUACUGUAAACAUACUUUUGCAUAAUAAAGGCCAUACCAACAA